UGCUAUUAUCUUCAUGAAGGCAUCCUGCAUAUACUAGGCUAAUAUUUACUAAUGUGCUAAUGUAACGAUGACCAAGCUGCCUCUGCUCCUCUCUGGGGCACCUUCUAUCGAUACGGAUGGGAAUUAAUGACAAUCUCUCUCCGCUGCCUGAUGUCAGAGAUGAGAAAGGUGCGAAGGGUAUAUAAGAGCUGUAUUACUUGUCAGCAAGGAAGGAGAGAAAAGGGAUACUCCUGAGCUAGGUGCAAGCGUGGAACUGUGGCAUGCACCCUUCUCACUAACGCAGGCGUGCUUCUCCAGUUAGCUCCCUGACCAUUACAAGAAAGUUUGGAAGCAAAGAUGUGCAACCUAAAGCUGUCAGUUUUCUUCAUUGUACUUUCUGUCACACUGAGCUGUUUGGAAGCUACAUCUAUUGAGAAAUUACUAUCUGUGACUGACAAUCUCUCUGAUGGGACUUCCAAGAGGCAAGAAUGGAUACUGCCCAUAAUGUCACAGAACACACUCUCAGGACUUAGUGAGGAAAUGCCAGAACAACCAGCAUCAAAGACAAAAAGUAGUCACCACCUGGAGAAACGGAAGUGCAACACUGCUACGUGUGUGACACAACGCUUGGCUGACUUCUUAGUUCGUUCCAGCAGCAACAUUGGAGCAAUUUAUUCACCUACUAAUGUGGGGUCCAAUACAUAUGGAAAGAGGGACACAGCUGGGCUUUUAAGCAGAAAAUCCCAAAACAAUACAAAGAUUUAGGGUGUUUUAAUGACUAUCAAUACAGUUCUCAUUAGGAACCCAGUUUCUAAUGCAUCAGUAACCUUUUGGUCAUUUAUUACUUGUACAGUCUUAACAGUGCCUUGUUUUCUUUGUGUACGUGUAUGUAAUUUAUGCAUGUAUAACAUCAUGCAUAGGCUAUUGUUUCAAAUCCUUUAAGAACUCCAGAAAUCUGCUUGUCAAAUUCCUUUGUAAAAAACAAAAAACAAUAAUAAAUGGCAGAAUAAUUCCAA